UCAGGCAACAACUACUGCAGAUUAUCACAUUCAGAGAGAGACAGAGAGAGAGAGAGAGAGAGAGAGAGAGAGAGAGACACAGAGAGAGACACAGAAAGAGAGAGACACACAGAGAGAGAGACACAGAGAGAGAGUGCAGCACAUUCAAUACAGGACCCCUCAUCACCUUGUUCAAAGGAAGGCUGUUUUUGUGGAUGUUGAAGAGCCAGCAUGAAGCCUGCAGGUCUUUCCAUCUUCAUAGCGGUCCUCUCAGCCUCCGUCCUGGGGUGCCACUCCACGCCAGACUCCAUGCCGGACUCCUACCCAAAGUGGCAAAAGACUAACAUUAAUCAGCCAAAUGAAAUGGAAAUUCACUUAGUGUUGGGGCCAGACGAUGUCUUCACUGAGGAUGGAGAAGAUGGAGAACAUGGAGAUAAAGCUUUUAAGAAUUACAGAGAUUGGUACUUUCCAAAAAAAAGUAGAAAGGCGUUUGUUGUUAAAGCAAACGUAGACAACAAUGGUCACUUAAGUUUUGAGAUGCUACAUGAGCCACUCAGUUUGAUCAAUCAAAACUUGAAUAAUGUUCAUAAAGUCAAGAUUACUGUGAUAUCUCAUGGGAACAGAGAAAGGGAUAAUAAUGUAAUAAAGUACAACAUCAAUGACUGGAAAUACGACAAACUGGCUACUAUGGUGCAGGACUUGAUGAAUAAGAAAUUGAUGAUGAGAAUACCGGGCAAACCCGAAGUUAAUAUGCGAUUCAUCACGUGCAAUGCUGGAAGGGAAAUUGCAAAGGAAUACAUGACUAGUUUCAUGAAGGAAGUGAAUAAUCGGGGCAUCAACCUUCGUGAGAUUGUGGCGUACGACAACUAUGUAGCAACAACUGACACACUUUAUGUUUUUCAUGACACAUUUAAAAUGUCUGAAGAAACAUUAUUUGAAUAUGAGCAAGAUGAAUUACUACUUGAUGACUAUAUAGAAAACAAAGGUACAUAUGAAAAAUCAAAUCAUAUCAAAAAUCAAAGAAGAUUUUCGUUCACAUAUGAAAAAGGAAAUGUGGAUAUUAAAUUAAAAACAAGAUCUACCAAUCAUCAUAAUAGGGAAGAUGUUGACAUGGAAUCAAACAUAAACCAGAAUAAUGACCAAACGAGCUUUAAAGAACAGGUUGAUAAGAGUAUGGCUGAUAACACUUGUAACAGGCGUCGCCGGCGCAGGGCCCUGUGCAAUGUAGAAGAGGGGAAGUUUCAGGAGGAGUUUGUGGUGAAGGAGAAGUCACUGCUCAUGAAGGACGGUCGAGUGGAGGUGGAAGUGGCAAGCAGGAGAAACCCAGAAGUGACCCACCUGGUCUCCUUCUCUCUUGACGAGUCCAGAACCUUCUACACCCGGCAGGUUGAAGAGAAUGCAAUGCACCAGAGGAGUCGGGUGAAGAAUGCGGCAGGUGGGUCUGUCCUUGACCAGAUUAACAGAGGCAUGGCUGUAUAUGGCACUGUGGCCGGCUUCAUUGGAGCAGGGAAGUUUUUUGCAGAAAACGACACAGCCAGAGGAGCCUUUACUCUCACCCAGUCUCUGCACGGACUUGGGGAUCUGACUGGUGUGAACAAACAGCUCUCCAGCAUAUCCCAGAAUAUAUUCAAAAGCACUGUCCGCAAGGGAGCAGAGAAAUUGGGUCUGGAGAAGACUCUGGAGAGAGUCAGCAGUUCACUGGAAAGAUCUGUGGAGACUACUGCUGGACAGUUCCUGAAGGAUAUUCCUUUCGUUGGCCUGGGUUUCCAAGCCUAUUUCAUUGCAGAAGACUCAAUUGACAUUCAGACAAGUAACAACUCUGACCCAGAACAGAAGAAAUAUUAUGGAUUAAAAGUUACAAACCUUGUGCUAGAUGUGUCGACUACCGUACUGACCCUCGCAGAAGUGGGUUUCCCUCCAGCUGCUCUCAUUCUGGAGCCCAUAAUCAUUGGCCUGACCAUAGCAAGGAUGUCUAUCAGUGAUUUUUACUGCGAUGUUGUUAGUGAGCUGGACCGGCUGCCCAAGGGGGCUAAUGACAUACAGAAAAUGGUCGCUGUUUUAAAAGGGUUAGAGGAAGGUGCUGUGGAUUUUGUGACAGGAGGUCUCCUGAGAGAUUUUCAAAAACUGGAUGAUGAAUACAGGCAAAACCAAGAGCUACUGCAGAACUUGUCCUCUCCAGGUGCCUAUUACAAAAUAGUGGCCAAUGAUGGCAAUGUCAGCACCAUCGACCUGACAGAAGGGGAACUCUCUCAAUACGGUGGUUUGAUAACUGUCCGGCUGUCCAACAAUGGUGACGUCACAAUUCAGAUCGGGGGCAUCGACGAUGGGCGAAGCGGGGUCAAAACCAUCAUAAAAACUUUCCACAACCCUGCGAUUCAGAGUAUUGUUCUCGGGGUGGGGGAGUCUCGCCAGUUCCUGUACACCCAUAAAGCCGCGUACCUAUGGUGGGUUAUCCCAGUACACUAUGAGAAGGUUAUCUGUGGGGAACUCCUGCUCCACUCCUCCCUGUUUGGCACCUAUUACGGGAACGACAAGGACAACUCCUUCUUUGCCCCCCAGCUGCCUGCAGCAGAGCAGCAUCCCGCAGAUCCCUCAGACCCCUGCGCUUACGGAGGCCCUGACUUGGACUAUGUUAUCCGGAACUACCAUUACACCAUCCACGGCCAUGGAGGGGAAGACAGCUUCUUUCUUGGUCAGCAGGCUUCAUUGCUCUCUGGAGGGGACGGGAGGGACCUCUACAUCUUUCCCACAAGUGGAACCAUUUCUGAGAUUGAUAAUUUCGCCCAUGAUUCAUUUGAGGAUCACCUUGUGAUAAAAGCACCGUUCAGCCACAUUGAUUGCAUUCGGAAACACACUGAUCUUCUCCUUGUUUACGGACAACAGAAGAAGCACCAGAUCACCAUUAGGAACUGGUUUGCCCACAGCGACAUUGACCACUACCAGCACAUGACGUUUCAGUCUGCAGAUGGCGUCAUGUUUAAAAUAGAGGACAGAGGACUUAUAGAGCACAAGUUCCAUGCUAACUGUGUCCCAGAAACUCUGGACAAAACCAAAUCUCAAAGUCCAGUGUCUCUCAGACUGGAGGGGAACUACCAAAGCGUAAUUAGUGUUUUGGGGAGUAAUUUUAGUGACAUCAUCGUGGGCAACAAGAAGGACAACAUUUUCAAUGGUGGCCCGGGGGUAGACAGGCUAGAAGGAGGAGAUGGAGCUGACACAUAUGAGAUCUUCCCUGCAGAAGGCUGUGAUAUCAUCAACAACUAUGCCACUGACCAGAAAUUAGACUUGGUGGUGUUUCACGUACCUUUCCAGAGGAUUCGUGCAGAUCUGCAGGGGGAAGAUCUCUUGGUUACAGAUGAGGAAAAGCCCAGGUCGACAUGCUUGAAGUUGCAGAAGUGGAACAAUGACAGUCGAUAUCAACAUUUGGCGUUUCUGUCUUCAGAUCAUGUUACUUUUUCCAUCUCAAACAGUGAGGACAGCGGGGUGGUGGUGACACCAUUGAUAGUGGACCUCGGCACAGAGAAACAUGGCAGCACUGUCGAACUCAACAAAGCUGACCGACACCUCCACAGUGUGGUGACUGUCUUUGACUCCCCCUAUGAUGAUGUCAUCAUCGGGAAUGCUCUGGGAAACUUCCUCAGCUGUAGCGGAGGCACAGACUUCUUGAAGGGAGGAGGCGGCAGUGAUAAAUACAUCAUCAAGGCUGGGUGCAGAGGAGCUAACAUCAGCAAUCUCGCAGAAGACAAAAUCAGUGACGUUUUGUUUAUCCAACAUGCCUGGGGGACAAUCAAAACAGAGCAUCGAUUCCCACACCUUGUGUUGAAGAUGGAAGACACUGACAUUGAAGUCAAUCUGCUGCACUGGUUCGAGGGUGAAAACUUCCACCACCUGGCUGUGCAGACAAUUGAUGGCAUCAUCGCCACCUUGCCACUCAAUGCAUCUGACCCUGAGGUCAUGAUUCCCAUGGAGAUUAACCUCAGCAAGGAGGAGUGUACAGACCAGAAACAGAUGUUUGAUUUGAGCAAAGAUCCCUGGAGGAAUGUGCAAAGGUUCCAGGCCAAAUCCAACAAGUGUUCAUACACUGUGAUUGGAAACGAGCUUGAUAACUUCAUCGACCCUGGCACUGGAAACAUUAAUAACUACCAGUACCUGCAGGGGGGCAAUGGGUCAGACACAUAUGUACUCGGCCACGCAUAUGGCUAUGAGAAUGAAAUUGACAACAAGGCGGAAGAUGUGAAACCAGAUAAUCUCUUCCUCCAGGUGCUCUAUGAAGACAUUGAAGUUCUCCUGGAGAGACCCCACAUCAUUAUGUUCUCCCGCUCCAGGAAUGACUCUGUCCGUGUCCGCCUACUGAAGUAUUUGCAGGGGCCAGAGUUCCAACACCUCCUGGUUCGUUCCUUGGAUGGAUUCCUAUUUGAAAUUGAUGGUGAUUCUUACCCCUACAAGUCUGUCCUCAGCAUUGACAUGACAUCAUCUUCCAAGAGCUGCAACAUCAGUUGUGUCUCGACAAAAAACGAAUACAGAAAAGUUUCUAAAAUUCAUGGCUCCACAGCCUUUAGUAACUACAUCACUGGGAGCCACUACAGUUCCCUCAUCACCGGGGGCAACAUGGCCGACUAUAUCCUCGGCAACCAGGGCAGUGAAAAGAUUGAGGGCUUUGGAGGAAAUGAUGUCAUAUUCGGAGAGGGAGGGGAUGACGUCCUGGAGGGAGGAGAAGGGGAAGAUGAGAUUCGGGGUGGAGAGGGAGAUGAUUUUAUCUAUGGAGGGGGUGGGGCAGAUUGGAUUGACGGGGGUCCCGGGGUUGACACUGUGUUCUUCAGCGGAGACGUGAGGACUGGCAGUGGGGUUACAGUGGACCUGGCCAUCGGGAGAGGGGGAGGAGCGGACGCAGAGAAUGACACCUUCACUGGAGUUGAGAGGGUGAUCGGGACCGAGUUCAAUGACCUGCUGAUCGGAGACAACGAGGACAACCAGCUAAUCGGAAAAUUCGGGAAUGACACUCUGGUGCCGGGACAUGGGUCUGAUCUGCUGUAUGGGGGUCCGGGGAGAGACUUCUAUAUCCUGGAUGACAGCAGCGGAGUGAAACACAUCGACAACUUUGCCACUGACAGAAUUGAGGAUUACAUUCUCAUUCGUAACUUUGCCCCAAAGGAUGCCUGCUUCUUCACUCAAGAAGGAAACCUGGUCAUUUCUCUGCACUACCCAGACCAAGAUCCUCUUCUAAACCUGAUGGGCAGAGACAAACUCACUAUCAUUUUAGACAACUGGAGCAACAACCACUCUCUUUACCAGCACAUCAACUUUGUGUUUGAAAACGACACAUACAUUGACCCAUCCUACUUCAUCUCAGCCACUGAGAUUAGCCCCUCCCUAAAGAAUUUCAACUCAUCCAGCAUUUCCCUCCGCUUGACUCAUGCUAAGGAGACGGCUGUUGAGGUAGAAGGCAUGGUGCUGGGGAAGGCAGGGAGCGAGAUGGUGUCAAUGUUCCAGUAUUGGUUGAAAGUGUCAGACCAGCUUUUCCACUCAGACAGUCUUGCUUGGGGUAACAGCACCUCAUUGGAAAUCACUGGCCUCCUUUCCGGAGUCCUUUACACCCUUCAGCUUUAUCUGAUGAAAUGUGAGGUUCCUGUUUUGGUUUUGCAGGAGGUGGUGCAGAGAACCAGACCCAACCCGCCGCUGUCUCUGAAUGUGCUGCAUGUAACCCACAGCAAGGUGAUGAUAAACUGGAAAGCGCCCACUAGGGACUAUGACCCCCACAGCGAGAGGUAUGUUUUCGUGGUGCGUGUGAAAGAACAGAGCAGCACAGAGGUGGUACACUUUAACACCAGCAAUCCCAGAUUGGAAAUCGAUGACUUAAAACCCAAAUCUCUCUACAUAGUCUCUGUGUCGUCUGUAAUGGAAGAGAUGGAAAGUAGGGAGGCAUUCUUCCCACCCAUUGAAACUACAAACUUGUGUCAAGAAUUCAUCACCCCCAGGGGCAGCACCAUCAUUGAGGAGAAGAUGACAGCGGACGGACCGAUGGCGGUGAUUAAGUGCCUGGAGGGCUAUCGGUUGAUCUCUGACUCUGAACUUCCAUGCACGCCAGGUCUGUUUCCAUCCCAUGGGCCCUGUGUCCCCAGAGAUUGCACCCACAGGGGCAGUAUUGUUACUCAUGGAGGAUCUUUAAAUGUUCCCUGUCUUGGGUUCCACUUUGAAAGCCAUUGUAACUUCAGCAGUUUACAACCCAGCCCUCCACGGUGCUGCAGCAGCCUGUCGGAGAUCGCCAAUGGACAACUCCAUUCCUCUCGGGACUCCAACUCAAUUAUAAUGAUCUACAGCUGCAACCCGGGGUACGAUCUUUCAGGCAAAUUCAGAUUUACAUGUCAGGUAGAAUCUGGAGAGUGGUACCCCUCCCCAACACUUGUGAUGCCACACUGUGAGCCGAUCCCUUGCCCCGACCCUCCCCGGGAUCAACAUGGUCAAUUCCAAUCACCUACAGAUCGCACAGGGCGUUUCAAAGAAGGCGACACUUUGUCCCUGAGGUGUGAUUAUCUCUACCACAGCUCCACUGAGGAGAGCAGCAUAACCUGUCACGGGGGUCACUGGGGAUUGGUCCCGUCCUGUGAGCCGAGCACUCGACUUGUCAAUGUUCAAGAUGGUCUUUAUGACUUAGUAGGCAAUCUCCAAGUGUGGAGGUCAGGCUCCUGGACAUUUAGGACUCUCUUCAGUGAUACUGGUAAAUUCUCCAGGCACUCCUGCAAUGUCAGACAGUUAGAGUUUAUAAAGGUGACACAGAGGAGUUUCAUAACACAGGUAGUGUGUAGAAAAGUAAAGCUUCAGACUGCAGGCUCGGAGUACACGGGAAUUGUUGAAGGGAACGUGGACGGGGAAGGCUGGAGGAAGAUCUGCAUUCAAGACUCAACUGCAGCUAAAACUCUCUGCAGGAAACUCUUUCCUGGUCAGGAAUGGACAGCGUCAGUGAUUGACAGUGGAGGGUUUGUUUCUCAGCAUACACACACCUGUGAUUCAUUGAGCUGCAGGUUUAAGCCAGAAACUCUAAACUGCAACAAACAGAUCCAGUGCAGACACCGCUGUGAUCCCUACACAGUUGGCAACGGAGAUGUGUCUUGUGCUUCUCGUUUCGAAGGAGAAAGUUGCUCUGUGGAGUGUCACAGACUCUAUAAUCUCAACGGCCCCUCCCACAUCCAAUGUACCAGUUCUGGAUGGUCAAGUUUUCCCUACUGCAUCGAAAGUGGAAAUUGUGGCUAUGACUUUGAGAGAGGACCCCAUUUCAUCCAGUGCUUGUCAAGGCUUUGGGUGGAGGCAGGCUGUAGCCUUGAAACCGACGGGUCUCCUACCAGGAACCCCGAUUUGGUCAGAAAGUGGAACACCAUGACUGUGGGUGAUGUGAAGAGAGAUAUGGCCAAAUACCCAAAUGAUGGUGAAUUAAAACCCCACUGCCAGAAAAAGAAGAAACCCCCACUGCCAGAAGAUGAGUGCUUCCCUGCCCAUGCCACAGUCCUCACUAGUGAUGGCUCGAGCAGGACCAUGGCAGAGCUGCGCUUGGGGGACAGGGUGCUGGCAGUCAAUGCUGCUGGUCAGCCCACCUUCAGUGAAGUCCUCCUGUGGCUGGACCGGCGGAGAACAGGAAUGGAGCGCUACCUCCUGCUGGACACGGAGGGCUCUGAGGAGCCCCUGUACAUCACCCCCGAUCAUGUUCUCUUCAUCGCCCCCGACAACACAACAACUAGUGCCACAGCCGCCCGCAGGGUCCCAGCGUUCGCCAAAGACAUUCUCCCGGGACACCUUCUCUACCGACACGAUCCCAGCACUGGAUCACUGGAGGCCAAACGCGUGACUGACGUGCGCGAGUCAGAGAGCCUGGGGGCCUAUGCCCCCCUCACCGUGGAGGGGAACCUGGUGGUGGACGGACACAUGGUAUCCUGCUACACCCUGGAGUGCCGGCAGCAUCUCGCUCAUCUCCCCUUCGCCCCCUACAGGCUCCUCCACACCCUGCGCUCCUCCAUCCCUCUCCUCGGGGACCUGCUGCUACCCUCCCCACAGCAGGGAGAGGACAGAGAGGAGGGGGGGCAGGAAGGCAUGCACUGGUACGCCAAUGCCUGGUACCAGCUGGGGCUGUGGAUGGGGUACCCGUUUGGGGAGACGUGCUAUCCCAGCGAGCUGCAGAGGUACCACUACCCCAGACCUGCUACUGAUCCACUGUGAAGUCUGGCCACCUACAACUCCAUCACAGUCUGAUACUGAUAUCACAAUAUAUAGCAUGACAAACUGAUAAUCACUGAUAAUCAAUGCUUACCAUUAAUCGUGCAUCAUAUUUCCUGUUAUAGAAAUAUUUACAUGCAUCUGUAUAAGUCCAUGUGUGAUGCAUAAUUAUUCAAAUGAAAGUGCAAAACUUAGGACAAGACACAUUAUUAUUUCCGGUGUCUUCUCCUGCACUUAUUUUAAGUUGAAUAAGAAACAAUUGAAAAGAGAUAUUGUACAAUUCUACUGAACUCUGCGUCUCUGUCGUUUGAUUAAAUGUUAUAAUAAA